UUAAGGAGUGAUUUUGGUUUAAAGUGAAUGAAAGUACAAGACAAAUUAAAGACCAAAGACAAGUUUCUAAAGAGUGUCUGGAGUGAUUAUUGUCAACUAAUGGUUAUUCCCGAAGUAUGGCUGAGGAGCCCCAUAGAAUUGUGGAUCAUUUUUCAGAAUAUUGUGCACGAUAAACUUGUCUCUUAUUACCAAUAAAGAUAAUAUGCAGAUAGUUGCCCUUAAAACUUCCUCUAGGCUAGAUGCCAGAAGAACUUCUGUGAGCUGGUCUAAAACUGCUGCUCUCAACAAUGCGGAUUCAGCUUAUGUUUUAUCUUUUAAAUCUGACACUUUUUGAUCUCAUCUGAAGUGCAUAAGAUACAAAUAGCCUGCUCAAAUUCAAACUCUUUUUCCAUUGCUUGACAAUUGUUAUUGUUAUUUGAGUUUCCUGAUUGGCAGACACUAAUAUUAUCUGGAAAAUCUAAUUUUCUUCUUGCAUAGUUUCCCAACUGCUUCACAUUUAUAAUAUCUGAACGCCUUACAGAUUUCGACAAAUGAUAAUCAAAGCAUCUGUCACUAGUAAAUGAAGGUACUUUAUCAUCAUUGGUAAGUUGUCCUCCAAAAUUAGGCGUGAGUAUUUUAUCUGCUUCAAUGAAUCAAAUGCUUCUGAUCUACAUUGAUCCAACCAUUGUCUGGUAACAUGUUCGAUCGUAGGUUCAAUUUGAUCUUUCUGUUAAAAAGUUCUUAACUCAGACGGGAAAAAAGCGCGAUUUUGGAGUCCCAAGUGCCUUGAAAUACCAGUCUGUGAUGACAUGUAUGAGGCGUGAGAAUUUGUUUUUCUAGAUUCUCAUACUCGAAAAGGGAAAAAUCUUUCAUAGUCCAGACUCAAUCCUGGAAUCACACAGCUGUGGGUGCUUACUCAGGUGCAUAAUUUUCUAUCCAAAGAUCCCAUUUUUAUAGCUUUUUUUUCUGUUAUGAUUUCGGGGAUUGUAGAUUAAAACUGAAAUUUUGAAUUCUUGGUCGGAAAGAGAAUUCCAAGAUAAAUUAUUUUUCCCCGAGUUUUUAACUUUGAGAAAUCUGUACAGGAUUUGGUGAUGGGUUCGGAGAAAGAGAAAGAAAAGGAUGGAGUAGUGGUUUGGGGAUUUGGAUUUAAUGGUAUGCAGACCAAAAUUCUCAUGGUGACAAUUCUGGCCAUGGGAAUUAUGCUCAUUGCUAGCCAGAACAUUUCAUUUUGGGAAUUCAGCAAUGGGUUCUACAAGAACUUACCAGACAAAUUUCUGCUCAAAGAAUCGAACUUGCAUAACACCAUUAACAGCAUUGCAAGCAGAUCUGAAUCCGAAGAGGAGGAAAAAGAAGAGAGAACUGACAAGCGGGUGUUUCGACCUUAUGGCAAUGGAACAUACUUGUUUAUCCAGAUGGGUGCUUACAGAGGUGGAGAAACUACUUUUGCUGUAAUUGGGCUGGUAUCUAAGCCUCUUCAUGUUUUUGGGAAGCCUGGAUUUGAAUGUGAAUGGAUCCCCAGGAAUUCGACCCUGGGACCUAUGAAAGGCAAAAUUCAUAAGAUCCUACCUGAUUGGGGCUAUGGCAGAGUUUAUACUGUGGUUGUCCUCAACUCUUUCAUCACCAUAGUGUUUACCCUUAUUUUAUCAAUCAUGAGUUUAACAAUAUUGGAGCCAUAUAAAACUAAAGCGUGUAAGAUACGUGUACCAGAUCAUGUUGCAGUAUUGUUUGAAUGGUCAAAGCUACGAAAAGUUCUGGAUCCAUGGAUUGAGGCAGGGCGUGUGACAUUGCAGGACAUCAGAGAUCAAGAACAGUUUGAUGGGUAUUAUCAUAACCAGUUCUUGAUUGUUAAUGAUUGUUUGCACAGGUACAAAUUCAUGGCUAAAUGGACUUUUUCCUUCGAUGUGGAUGAGUUUCUGUAUGUUCCGGGUGGCUCGAGUAUUGAUUCUGUUGUUCAAAGAUUCUCCGAUUUCACCCAGUUCACCAUUGAGCAGUACCUCAUGUCCAACAGAUUGUGCUUGGAGCUUGAAAACUCUGAGAAUUAUUCCAGGUAAAAGCUUGAAUCUUUGAGAAAAUUUUGGUAUUUUACAAUCUAUGAAUUCUGUGUGUUUAUAUUUGGGAAUUUGGAUUUUUGAUAUGCAGUGAAUGGGGAUUUGAGAAACUGCAUACUUUCGAUCUCUUCUAAUGCCC